GCCGGCCAGCGUGGGGAGGGCCUGGCCCCGGGAUGCCGCAUUCCACCCAGCUCUACCAGCAUGUGCCCGAGACUCGCUGGCCCAUCAUAUACUCGCCUCGUUAUAACAUCACCUUUAUGGGCCUGGAGAAGCUGCACCCUUUUGACGCUGGGAAAUGGGGCAAAGUCAUCAAUUUCCUGAAAGAGGACAAGUUGCUGACUGAUGGCAUGCUGGUGGAGGCGCGGGAAGCCUCGGACGAGGACCUGCUGGUGGUGCACACAAGGCGUUAUCUGAACGAGCUCAAGUGGUCCUUCGCUGUUGCCACCAUCACCGAAAUUCCCCCUCUCAUCUUCCUCCCCAACUUCCUGGUGCAGAGAAAGGUGCUAAGGCCUCUCCGGACCCAGACAGGAGGAACCAUAAUGGCGGGGAAGCUGGCUGUGGACCGAGGCUGGGCUAUUAACAUUGGGGGCGGCUUCCACCAUUGCUCUAGCGAUCGGGGCGGGGGCUUCUGUGCCUACGCAGACAUCACACUGGCCAUUAAGUUCCUGUUUGAGCGAGUGGAAGGCGUCUCCAAGGUCACCAUCAUUGACCUUGAUGCCCAUCAGGGCAAUGGACACGAGCGAGACUUCAUGGGGGACAAGCGUGUGUACAUCAUGGAUGUUUACAACCGCCACAUCUACCCUGGGGACCGCUUUGCCAAGCAGGCCAUCAGGCGCAAGGUGGAGCUGGAGUGGGGCACAGAAGAUGAGGAAUACCUGGAUAAAGUGGAGCGGCACAUGGAGAAGGCGCUGCAGGAAUACAUGCCUGAUGUUGUGGUGUACAACGCUGGCACUGACAUCCUUGAGGGCGACCGCCUUGGCGGGCUCUCCAUCAGCCCAGGGGGCAUUGUGAAGCGAGACGAGCUUGUGUUCCGGGUGGUUCGCAGCCACCAGGUGCCCAUCCUUAUGGUGACCUCGGGCGGCUACCAGAAGCGCACAGCCCGCAUCAUUGCCGACUCCAUCCUUAACCUGCACAGCCUCGGGCUCAUUGGGCCCGUAUCCCGUGACGUCUCAGCUCAAAGCUCAGACACACCACUGCUUCCGCCCACAGUGCCCUGACCCCUGCUGCCCUCCUAGCGGCUCUGGCCUCCCUCUUGCCCUGCUCCCCUGCUGCUUUUCAUCUUCUAACCUAGGUGGGCGGGUGCGGGUGGCAGCCUCCAGUGAGCUGGGAAGGGCAGGGUGAGAUAGGGACCGUCCCUUGCUGGGCCACCUGAGGGACCUCGCGCUGGCAGCCCAGGGUCUUGGCCACCCUGGGUGGGAACAGAAGACGGAGUCUGAGACCUAGAAUGGCCCCCAUGGGGUCGCUGGUGUGGCUUGGCCUGGGGAGGCCAGCAAGGUAUGGAGAACAGAAAGGAAUAGAUGAAUCCCAACAGGCCCUGGGGUUGGGGUAUCCUGGAUGGGAGAUGUGGCAGAUGUGGCUCUCAGCUCCUCCCUCUGGCCUCUCUGUCACUGGAGUCUAUCCUCCUUUCCUGAAGGACUAGGGGAGCCAUGGGUGCUGUGGGAGCUAGACCUGGGCUCUGACCACUCCCAACCUGGGGGGUGUAAAGACUUGCAGGGAAGGGAUGUAGGUAGCGGGGAGGGUCUCCCAUCUGGAGGGGGUCUGGUCCUGCUUUUCCCAAGUCCCCUGAGCCCCAAGGGAACUGGGCAGGCCCGGACCCCCUGGUGCCAUCCUUGGGCAGGUUUGGGGACAAUGUCUCCAAUCUGGAGCCUGCCCCUGGGGCUGGGGCAAAAGGAGGCAUGAUUAGCACAGGUGGUGAGACUCAGUAGGUGGAACUCAGGGCCGGGUGGCCAAGCUGGGCUCCUGCCUCUCUCUGGGUCUUCAUGGCCAGGAGGAACUAGAGACUUGGAAAGAGGUUGGAGGGCAGGGCUGGGGCUGCAGCCUCCUCAGGCCUCGCCCUGAGUACCUCGGACUCAUUUGUCUCCCACUGCACGGACCCCAGGUGAGCCUGCCUUCUGGAAGGGAGCUAACCAAGUUGCAGGGACUGUCACCAGGGGUGGAGAGGAGGA